GAGAGAACGCAACGAAACAAAUAUACAAAAAGAAAAAUCAUCAACAAAAGGUUUUAUAGGAAACAAUGUCUUGUGCCGUCUGCAACUCGCCUGUUUUCUCCCCGUCCUCUUCUCUUUUCUGCAACAACAAGACGGCGUCGCAUCAUAACCUAACUCUGUCUCAUUCCCAUCUCCAUUCUCCGGUUUCAUCUCCUUUUGCUGCGUCUCCCACUUCGCCGUUCUGCCUCCGUUUACUUAAACCGACGGUUAAGUCAGUUUUUGGUUCAGACUCGGGAGAUUGUGAUCGCCACAUUUCGCCGGGAGGCGUUUUGAAGAGGAAGCGACCGACGAGGCUUGAUAUACCGGUGGCUCCUGUGGGUGUUGCGGUACCUAUCUCGGUGAAUGCAGAGACGUCGAGGGGAGAGAGUGGAGAGGUUGAGAGGGAAGGUGAUGAGUUUUCAGUUUACUGCAAGAGAGGAAAGAGAGAAGCUAUGGAGGAUAGGUUUUCUGCCAUCACUAAUCUUGAAAAAGAUCCUAAACAGGCAAUAUUUGGAGUCUAUGAUGGUCACGGAGGAUCAAGAGCGGCUGAGUUUGCCGCUAAGAACUUGUGUAAUAAAAUUCUAGGAGAGUUAGUUAGUGAGAGGAACGAGUCAAAUAUUGAAGAAGCUGUGAAACGCGGUUAUCUAGCGACUGACUCUGAGUUUCUCAAGGAGAAAGAUGUUAAGGGAGGAUCUUGCUGUGUCACGGCUCUGAUUAGAGACGGGAAUCUUGUGGUGUCCAAUGCUGGUGAUUGCCGUGCUGUUUUGAGCGUUGGAGGAUUCGCGGAGGCACUAACUUCAGACCACCGCCCUUCUAGAGAGGAUGAACGGAACAGAAUUGAAAGAUCGGGCGGCUAUGUCGAUACAUUUAAGAAUGUUUGUAGAAUCCAAGGAUCUUUAGCGGUAUCUAGAGGAAUCGGAGAUGCUCAUCUCAAACAAUGGGUGAUAUCUGAACCAGAGACAAAGAUUUUACGUAUCAAUCCCCAACACGAGUUCUUGAUCUUAGCGUCAGACGGUCUGUGGGAUAAAGUUGGUAACCAGGAGGCAGUAGAUAUAGCUCGACCGUUCUGCAUGGGAACCGAUGAUCAGAAGCAGAAACCAUUGUUAGCGUGUAAGAAGCUCGUUGACCUCUCUGUCUCACGGGGCUCCUUGGACGAUAUCAGUGUGAUGUUGAUUCCGUUAUGCCGCUUCAUCUGACCAGUGAAGAUAUGUCAUAUUAGUUGUUAGGACACUUUGUGUAUAUUACCAUACUGUGCGUGCAUGAGUGUUUAUUGUUACGUAACACAUGAUAUCUCUAGUGUAUAUACCCCUAUGUAGCUGAUAAAUACUUUAGCUAUUAGCAUAAUCUUAAGAAAUUCCGAACGUUUGAAAGUUUGGUACGGUCUUAAUUAAGUACAUGUUGCAAUGACACUUUCUUAAGUUGUUUUCCAAGUGGAUUCUCUUUUACAUGUAUAUCUAGGUUGGAAAAUAUGGUCCUCGAAAUCUCCAUACAAUAUCUUAUCUUUUGGACAUUUCAAG